UUUUUAAUUGCUUGACCAAUUAAGGCUUUUCAUAACAAAUAUAAAAGACAUGCCAACUGUUUUUUUUUUUAAACUGGUUAACGCCUUUUGUCAAGGAAACAUGUGAGACAUGCGUUCCUUAUUUAAGACGUAAAACAAUUACCGCACCUCUGGUGUGUUUGUACGAGCAAAGCAUUUUUUUGUUGGGGAAUAUAAUGCACUGUAGGGCUGUGAACAUCACCUAUAAUAACUGUCUUACAUAACAGCCACAUUUGAGGUCCUUUUCUUCUGUAUUGCCCCAAGAAUUUUAUUUUUCAAAAGUGUUAUUCUCUGUUAUGUAACAGCGGGCACUAAAACCAUUUCUAAAGUGCCUCAAAAAACAACUUCGAGGUGACGCUGAUGUUAGAUAUUUAUUCAAAUGCAAUCAGUACAUCAUUGACUGGUCACCCGCCACAUUUUUUUGUGGAACAAACAAACUUUUCUGCUUUAAUUCACCCUUCAUCGCUCAGAAUGAAAAGCCACGAGGGGAAGAUUUAAAGGAAGAUUUGAAUCCAGAACUGUAAGGCAGAUGAGCUACGACAAGUCAUCAUUGUUUACUUUCAAGAAUUCAAAAUAGUUCCCACUAGGUUUGAUUGUGAGAGUGUGUAUUCUCUCAGAGUCGGAUGGCGUAAACUCCAGCUACUCUUGAACCUGAGCAGGAUUAAUGGGAGCAAUAAAAUGCUCCAAUAAAUUUUGCCUUGGAUAAGCUGGAAGAUUUUCAAUGGUUUAUCAAAAACAAAAACAUAAAUAACAAUCGCAUCAUCUGAAGUCCCAGACACGACCUUGGGCCCCCUCAACUCAACCAUUCUUUUGUUUAAUGGAGCUCCCAAGAGGAAUUGUCCUUUUAAGGCGGCGUGUUUCAUGACGCUCUGCUGCCCUCUUCUGGUCGUGGACACCAUUACAGCUAUUUACGCUUAAGCCCUUUUCCAAUGCGCUUCUCAUGGAAAAUAAAAAGGACGUGGGAAAAAGAAAACGGGAGGGCUGCAGGUGCAGAUAAUGGGAAGAUGUUUGGGGAUAAAGUAGCCUUGGGAGACAAGAGCAAAGACAACCUUCAGUUGUCUCUCAUAACUUGGCAACAUGGACAAGAAGGUGGUUUUGAUCACUGGCUGCUCAUCCGGCAUCGGCCUCAGCUUGGCAGUUCGUUUGGCUUCGGACCCGGAACAAACAUUCAAAGUGUACGCCACCAUGAGGAACCUGGCUAAGAAGGAGCGUCUUCUGGAGAGUGUCAAAGGCCUGCACAAGGACACGCUGGACAUUCUUCAGAUGGACGUGACAGACAGCCAGUCCAUCCUGGACGCCAGGGACAAGGUGGCCGAGAAGCGAGUGGACAUUCUUGUCUGUAAUGCCGGUGUGGGUUUGAUGGGUCCCCUGGAGGCUCACUCUUUGGACUCCAUGAAGCAAAUUCUGGAAGUCAACCUUCUGGGCACCAUCCUGACCAUCAAGGCCUUUCUGCCCGGGAUGAAGGCUCAGCGCAGCGGUCGUAUCAUGGUCACUGGCAGCGUUGGAGGCCUUCACGGUGAGGACCGAUCUGAAUUUCCCGCAUUGGUCGUUCUGAAUCAAACUUGUUCCACAGGCCUUCCAUUUAACGAGGUCUACUGCGCCAGUAAGUUCGCCAUCGAAGGGGCGUGCGAGAGCUUGGCCGUUCUCCUGCAACAUUUCAACAUCUAUGUUAGCCUGAUCGAGUGCGGCCCUGUCAACACCGACUUCCUGGUAAACCUGAAGAAGGCGGAGCUUGGCGAUCCGUCCCUGCAGCACGUGGACGCGCGCACGCUGGACCUCUACGAGAGAUACCUGCAGCAUUGCAGUUAUGUCUUCCAGAACGCAGCCCAGGACACAGAGGACAUUGUAAAGGUAUUUUUGAAUGCCAUGCAGUCACCCAGCCCGGCCUUCAGGUACUUCACCAGUGGGACGGUGCCUCCUCUGACCGAGCUGAAGGUGACACAGCCCGACGGUCUCCGGUACAUCAGCGCCAUGAGCAAACUCGUUUUCUCGCCCGACGAGCAAUGACCUGGGCGCGUUGUCCGUCAAUUUGCAGUUCGCGGAAAUGAAUCUGACUCAUCGCUAUUGCCCAACUAGAAAGCUCAAAGUUCCCCGAAGACAGAUAUUCAACAUUAAAUCCCUUUUCCUAAAUAGUAAUCAAUGAUAACAUUUAGAAAAGUCAUAGAAAUGACUUUUGGUGAGCUGAAUGUAUUUGAAUGUAGUUUUUUGGUUUUGACUAAAGUUAUUUGGUUAUGUG